AUGACACCUUUAUUCCAAGCUUCAGCCGGGGGUUUCAUAGAAAUAGUUAAAAUCCUCGUAGAAAGUGGAGCAGAUGUGAAUUUUUGUGAUAACAAUAACCGAUCACCAUUGUUUGUUGCGUCAGAGGAAGGUCAUUCAGACGUAGUUUCGUAUUUGAUAAAGAACGGUGGGGAUGUUCACAUGUGCAACGAACAUGGCACAUCGCCCCUUUUAGCAUCAAUAGAAAAUGGUCACUUGAAUGUAUUGAAGACUUUGCUGGACAAUAAUGCCCAAGUGAAAAACCAAUUAUCCGGUGAAAAAAUACCCUUCAUGAUUGCAUUACAGAAAGGGAGAGUCGAAAUAGGUAACUUUCUCCUCCAAAAUGGGGCAGACCAUAGAAUGAAAAAUGAAUGUGGAGUAACAACUAUGCAAAUUGCCCUGUGGAGGAAUUAUUCAGAAAUAUUGCAACAGAUUGUAUCAUUAGAAAAUAGACGAAAACCAUUGAUCGGAACCUUUCAAUUAUUUCAGCUUUUAGUUGACUUAUACGAUUUUGAAGUAUUCCCAGGGACCAGUUGCAGUAUAAAAAGAGGUCACAAUUUUCCUCUUCUAUCGUUUAUUUCUAAGGAUACUGAUGGAGAUGGCAUAAAACAUUUAGUUAAGCUUGGUUUAGGAAGUAAACUAGAUAAUAACAAGAAACAUCUACUCCUAGAAUAUGCUAUAAGUAAAUCAGGCGUGACUAAACGUGUUGAAAAGGUCAAAUCAUUGUUUGACUUAAUAUGCAAAUCAUCUAAUGUUCGAGAUCAUGACUCUGUGUCAAUUUUAGAAUGCACAAGAAAGUUAUUUGAACAAAACAAAACUCUUUUGAAGGAAAAUGAAUAUAGAUGGACAAAUCAUCAUAAAGAGGUAUUUCUUGAAUGUCUGGAAGCUGUAGGUUCAUUAUUAGCUAAUAGACAAGACAAAAAUAGAAAGAAAACUGUAAGCAAACGGGAUGUUGAGGAAUAUUGGUCCAUAAUGGUUUUCCUUAAACAACGGAUCAGACGAUUUUCUGUGUGA